UCCGUUGGUCUAGAGCGUUCACAAUGAUGGCCGUGGACGGGUCGUUAGCGGCACGUGUGCCUCUUUCGGUCAUAACCACUCUGCCAUAUCCUCUCGGAGGGGAGAGGGGAGAAGUAGGCAAUAAUGGCGAAGUGCGCAAGUCUGAGCUAAUUAGCGACGACGUCCGGGUCAGAGGAGGGUGUCCAAACAACUGGUUUGGGGGGGAGAAGCAGGGUCGUCUCUCCUGCCGGGCGUGUUCGUGCCCGCCCCCAAUCCGUCUGCCGCCUCAAGGGCAGACGCUGCCGCGAGUGCUCGCGGCAAUCGAAUGUGAGGGCGGUUGUCCGCGUGCCAAGUGGCCACGAGUAUAUGUGGCAAAUCGAUGGUGGGGGACCACGCUUAAGUGUGGCCAAAGGUUGGGGACCACGCUUAAAUGUGCCCAAAGGCGGAUCGAAAAGUUGCCCGCCUGGCACGUGUCAGAAGCUAGUGCCUACGCGCCGGCAGGCGAUGAUUUCGCCCAUCCCGGGUGCGGCAGUGACCGAUCUUUUGGCCGAUCAACGGCCGGAAGGCGGCAAUUAACCAAAGAGGCGAAUGGCCGUCGUCCACGAGACCCUUUCCCAUCGACUAUCCACUCAGCGAAUCACAUAGAACAACGGCGUCAUGAUCGAGCAUUUUUCAUCCAGAGAGCAGCGUCGCCUUCUCCUCCUCUUUCGCGCUCCUCCCACUCUUCUCCCUCUUCCUACACCUCCUCCCCUUCCUCCUCUUCAAGGUGCUCCGCCUCCUCCUCCUCCUCCUCCUCCUCAGCCUCCGAUAAUGCCGACGCCGGCGCAGAUUCCACGCAGUCUUCCCCUCCAGAUCCAUUCAAUGGAAAUCGGACGUAUGAGAGGGGAUCGGAGAGAGUCAGCUCACCAGCAGACUGGAUGCAGGGAGUGCAGCCUGGUCGCGAAGGGUCAGAAGGAGGAGGAGGAGGAGGAGGAGGAGAGGGUAUUAAGAGACCUGACGAAAAGGGAGGACUUGGGGUAACCAGCCAAUCAGAGGACGUUGACAGAGGCAAGGAGCAGCAGGUGCGGAAAGAUGAUGAUGUCACGUCGUCAUCAUCCUCAUCGUCGUCAUUCGAUGGAAGUUGCAGGAGUGAUGUCAAUGCUUCGGCGAUGGCGGCGGAGCAGCAUCACCCACGAAGCGUGGAGGAAGAUCGGAGGUCAAGGGAAAAACCAUCAUUGGCUGGAGGUCAAUCUGACAAUGAUGGAGAUGGAUCUCUGCAAGAAGGGUCCUUUACAAGAAGAGGGAGAGGAAGAGCAAGAGGGGACAGCAACAAUAACAGCUUCAACCCAUCGACUACUGAGACGCGACCAUCUCAGGGCUCGGCGGCUGCGAAGGUGUCGCCGACACGUGUCGUAACGUGGGCAGGCCGUCUUCCGUCCAAACGGCGAGCGGUUCUUGGCUCCAUUAUUGCGCUGAGCGUAGCGAUUGGCGGGAAUUUGGCGGGAAUCACAAGUGCAAUCUUGAGCAUCGAUGAUGAUGUCGCCCGCCGCCUCCGUCUCGACACUCUGUUCCCAGUCAAAGGACUUCGGCGCUGCGUUGACCAGAGCAGAGGAUUUGAGUUCGUCUACCCCGCCCGAUGGCUUGGUGAUCAACGGCUACUGUAUCGAGCAGUAGAAAGGGUGGAUGCCGUACGGUCUCUCGAUCCUCCGUCUCUAAAAGACGCGGAGAGGGAGCGGAGGCGGCGGCAAAAAAGCCGUCGAGAUCCCGUUGUGGCUUUUGGGCCGCCACGUGGCAGCGGCGAAGAGAAUGUUAGUGUCGUCGUGUCCCCCGUACCGAUGGACUUUCGUCUCGAGCAGUUCGGCUCCCCGACGUCCGUCGGGCGUCGCCUGCUUGAUAGGUUGGUUGCCAUACCUCGACAACAAGCAUCAUCAGCGGAAGGAGGAGAAGGAGAAGGAGAAGGAGGAGGAGGAGGAGGAGGAGGGGAGGGAGGAAGGCAAUCGAUGGGCAGGAAAGAAGCAGAGCUUAUCUAUGCAGGCGAACGUGUGGUGGGGCCACGUGGUACACGUGGGGUUCGUUACUAUGAUCUGGAAUACACAGUUAAGACAGAUCAAUGGUUCAGACACAACCGAGCGGUUUUUGCGUGCGUGGAUGGCCGUCUCUACUCGCUGAAUGCUCAGACACCACAGACAUCUUGGCCCGAGCGUAGCGAGGUGUUCGAGACGAUUGCCCGCUCUUUUCGGGUAAUUCCCUCGUCCCUGAGUUAGGGCCAGAUCCCACUAGCCGCUAUUGUUCAUUUCUGACCGUUGAUCUUCGUAAUCGCGGGUGAAAAAUGAAUAAUCCAGGGUAGU